AUGAAUUUCAUUGUUGCUGUAAUUUCAGAAUCAUAUGAGAAAGUCAUGUAGAAAAUAGUCGCUGAGACCUACAAAGUGAAAGUUUAAAUGAUAAGAGAAAGAGAAUAGCUUCUAACCAAAAUGUCAGUUCAGAGAGCAAGGAAAAUGGUAAGAUAAUUUUCAAUGAUUUUUUAAGGUGAAUGGCAAGGGUUUAUCAAGGAUAUUAAGAGCACUAUUAAGACUACGGCUUCUCGUUCUAAAAGCGAAACAAUGUAGAAUCUUGCAAUCAUUCAAAAUUCUAACUUAAAAUUGCAUGCUGAAACAAGGAAUAGGAUCAAUGAAACAAGCAAAAGAUUUGAUGAGAGAUUCAAUGAAAUAAAGCAGAGCUAAGAUAUUAUGAAGGAAAGAAUUGAAGGGUUAGAACGGCUCUUGAAAGAAAGUUUAAGUAAUCUACUUUAAAAUGCAAGUAAACAAUAACAAUGA